AUGGCCGUGGCUGAGAAUGGGAGGCCUGUAGAAAGUGUCAAAGACAGGCCAAAUGGGCAUGGAGUCGGUCCCGUCGCGCGGCGGGCUCCUGCUCGGCGACGGAGUUGGACCUUUUGGUUGUUUAACAAUCUAGCCAGGCUUACCGUAUGGUAUGUCCUUUUGACCAUCCUAUUCCGGUGUCCCUCGACACUGAAUGAUCUCGCCGAAACUUGUCCCAAAAUAUGUCAACCCUACCUGACAGCAAAAGCAUACGUCCAACCUCAUCUGCAGCCAUACUACGAUGAAUACGCUGGCCCCUAUGUUGAGAAGGCCCAGCCAUAUGCCGAUUCAGUCAAUCGACGGCUGGUUCGGCCGGCAUCAACACUUGCCCGAGACGUUUAUGAUAAAUACGCAGCACCACAGAUCGAUGCUGCGAAGGCGUACUCUCACGCCCAAUGGGAAAAGUCUGUUACGCCACAAAUCAACCGGAUGCGAGAAAAUGCGGUCAAGACAUAUGACACAAAUAUUGGUCCUCAUGUUGAUGAAUUCACCGCUUGGGUCGGUCCGUACUACACCUCGGUUCGGGAUAAUGCUGGCAACAUCUAUCAACGACACAUUCUCCCUUCGGUGGAGUACUCCCGACCAUAUCUAAAGAACGCUUACCGUUCUUCUCAAGACCUGGCGCUGAACACCGUGUAUCCUUUUGCACGACAUGCUUGGUCCGAGUUGAUCAUUUUUUGGGAUGGCACAUUCUGGCCGUUUUUGAAAGGAUUGUACAUUGACAACGUGAGACCCCAGUUAGUUAUGAUAAACGAGAGGAUUGCCAAAUACCAAGAAAGUCGAAAAUUGAAAGCUGCUAUGGACGAGGUUGACAUCUCACAAUCGGUUCCUCCUCGUUCUCCCACCCCCAAGGGAUCCGCUGGAAUGGAUGAGGUAUACGCCAUGUUCGAGACGGACGAUGAAGAACUCUCUUCCACCACGACCGUGGAAGAAACUGCAUCAACAAGGCAAGCUCCGGUGAGACCACCACCUGAGGUGGCCACCGAAGAAAAGAUCACUGAGGAUCUCAGGGCCUGGCAGAAGAAGUUCGCGGUAGCAGCCGACAAGGGAACUGAUGACCUUCGCGAGAGAGUGACGGAAAUCGUUGCAUCUCUCGUCCAAAGCGAUCUCGACGGAACGGGACGAGGAUUGGCUACAGCCCUGGAAAAGACCGUGGAGGUCGAGCUUGACAACGUGAAGACAAAGAUUAAAUCUAUUAUUGGCGCCCUCCCCGAUGAUGCCAGCGCCGAGGAGGUCAAGAAAGCCGCAGCGGAUAUCCUUGGGGCAAUCCGAUCAUCGGGUGUGGCGAUCAAGGACCGAGCUAAGAAAGUACGAGAAUGGUCUCAGAAUUUUGAAAGAGGCCUGGUACAACGCCUAGCUGCUGCCUCCGCAUCAACCUUGGAAGUCUUAGAUGGCAUAAAGGAUCUUGGGCUUCAAGAAGUUGGCAUGCGUUGGGCUUGGAUGGAGGGAGUCACCUACAAACACUGGAAAAAAUUCCACCAGGUUCGAAAGAAGCUGGACGAAUGGAAACUGGAAGUUCGAAACGUCGCCAUGGAAUCUCCAGAGGCAGUCGAGGCCAUAUCUGCUGCUCGACAGAUCAUGGAAGAAAGCAUGGCAAUCACCGAGGAUGCGGCGCAAGAAUUGAUCAGACUCAAAGGAGUCGCUCAAUGGAAAUUGAGAGAGCGUGAUGCCACAGAUGAUUUUGGGUCGCGCAGGCCCCCUGCAGAGGCGGCGUCUGCUGAUUCCAGUCUGACCGCUGAGCUUGAAGGUGCCACCUCUCAGGGGGUCGAACCGACCGGCUCGGUCUGGUCCCAGGCGAGUGAGGCCGCAACGGAAGCACUGUCUUCGGCUUCAUCCGCCGCGGCGGGCUCCAGUACUGGCACUCUUGAAUCAGCUGCUUCCAAGGCCAGCGGAUUUGCCGAUGACGCAUCUUCCUCCGCGUCGUCGGCAGUCGAAGUUUCAACCCAGGAUCCCGUCGAAUCGAUGAUGUCUGAGGUUAGCGCUACCGUCGAAGACGCCUACGAGUUUGUCUCUUCAGUCAUAAUGGGCACCAGUACUGGUACCGCUGAAGCUGUCCUUUCCCAAGCUUCAGAAUCGAGUCCCAGCCGGAGCGAGGAUGUCCUUGAUUCGAUUAGCUCGGUGUCGUCUUUGGUGGAAUCCGUGACUUCUCCUUCCACGGAUGAUAUUUCCUCGCUGAGUUCUGAAGCUGAAGAGAAGGCCAGCUCCGCUUCAUCGGUCGCCGACUCAGCCACCAGCCAGGUAUCAUCCAAAGUCUUUGCCGGGGCAAUGGCGCAAGAAGUAAAAGGGUCAACCCCGAUCUUGGACGACGUUUUCGACAGCAAUGAAGCAUUGACAUUCUCGGAGAAAGUCCAACAUGUCGUUAAUGAGGCCGGGGAUCGAUACGCAGACGUCACACGAGCGGUCUCUGAGGCAAUGUCUGGAACAUCUCAAGGGUCUAUGGAAAGCAUAACAUCUGUUGCAAGUGAACAAUAUGCUAGUGCUUUGGCCGCAGCGUCCAGUGUUCUGUAUGGUACUCCUCAAGGAACUGCAGAGGGCAUUGCCAGUGUCGCCUCAGAGAAAUAUGAAAAGGCAGUGGCAGCAGCGAGCUCUGUCAUCUUCGGAACGCCGACCCCCGACGCGGAAUCAUUAUUGACUCAAGCGAGCUCGUCGUACACAGACGCCAUCAGCAGAGCGGAGGAACAUUAUACUGCCGCCAAGUCCAUUGCGUCUGAGAAGAUUUCUGGAACUCCUAAGCCAAUUCAUGAAGAAAUGUUCUCCUCUAUUGAGUCAGCAUAUUCCGGCGCUAGAGAAAUAGCCCGGAACAGGCUUGAUGCUGCUCGGAGGGCAGCCUCACCGCCAUACUCUUCUGUGAGUAAGCAAGCGACAAGUGCCUUCCCGGCAUCAAACCCACUUGAUUCUGUUACAUCACUCGCUUCGUCAGUGUUGCAAGAUGCGUUGACUGCGGCAUCAGCACAAUAUUCUCAGGUGAGAGCAGCUGUUGGCGCGACUCCAACUCCCGCACAGGAAAGAUAUCUGCAAGAAGCCAAAAUGAAUUUCUAUGCGGCCAUUGGUAUGGCGCACGAACAGUACGAAGAUUUCAUCGCGGUGGCCUCUAGCGCAAUCUAUGGCACACCUACUACUGCGUUGAGUAGGACGUCACGUGCUGCAUCAAUCGCCAUGUCCGGAACGCCAGUUCCUGCUUACCAAAGCCUUAUUGGUGCAGCCGCCUCACAAUAUUCGGAGGCUUCUUCCGCCGCAGUUGCUAGCUUGCAAUCUGACCGGUCAUCCAUCAAUUCAGCUGCUACACCUGCUCAAAGCCUGCUGGAUGAAGCAAUGGAAGCAUAUUCAAGCGCUCUUGACGUCGCAUCCUCCGCAAUGGGCCUACAGGAGGAAUCACCCGCACAGGACAUCCUUGAUGGAAUCUCAUCUCAAUAUGAUGCCGCCAUCUCGGCUGCGUCUUCAUCUCGUUCCGCCGCCAGCUCCGCCAUGUACGGCGCACCGACAAGUUCUGUGGAGUCCAUCACAAGCGUCGCAUCUCAGAACUGGGAAGCCCUCAUAUCCAAAGCCAGUGAACAAAUCUACGGGGCUCCGAAACCCUUCUCUGAACAACCUGCUACUCAAGCAGGAGGAUAUUCUGCCAAAGUUGCCGACUUUGGAAACGACCAAUAUGCCGUUAUUCAAUCUUACGUUUCUGAAUUAAUCAUUGGCAAGGAACCAGACUUUACCGAGUCGGUCAUGAGCAGACUCAGUUCCGCAUAUUACACGGGCUGUCAUCAGAGCCUCGCUUCCUCCGCCUCGAGCUUUGCCAGUGAAUCAUAUCAAUCUGCAUCCUCGGUGGCCUCGGUAGCUGCCACAUACUUCACUCCUCCGCCCGAAGUCUCAUCGAUUCUAAACUCCAUUACCAACCAGCUUGGCGCAGUUGUGAAUGCAGCAAAUGUCCAGAUUCAUGGAACCCGUAAAGGAACGGUCGAGCAAGCUACUUCUACCAUUGCAGACUCGUACUCUUCAGCGAGCUCUGCUGUCAGUGAAGCCAUCGACGGAUCACCAGCUGGAGAUGCUGUCAAAUCUAUCUUGGACGUGGCCAAAAGUGGUCAAGAGGCUAUUUCAUUCGCGAUUUACGGCACGCCCACAGGAACAGUCGAAUCUCUGACGAGUCUUGCAGCCGAUAUGCAUUCAUCUGUGUCAUCCGUCGUUGCUGACAAUGUGGCGGCGGCAGCCUCUGCGGUCGGGGAUAUCCCGGGCGAAGCGGCGAGUAAAGUCGACGCCAUGAAAGCAAAGGUGUCUGAGGUCAUUUAUGGUCCCGAACAGAGUGCGUUGGAAAGUGCACACUCCAGGAUCGCUGAUGCAGUGGAGAGCGCAAAGAGCGCCAUUGCGUCAAUGGUCAGCGAUGUCGAGGGUACUGGUACAGAAAUGUUUGAUGCAGUUAGUAGUAGCGUGAAAGAGAUGGCUAGCCAGGCCAGUGGCGUGGCCAGCAGUGCUGUGAAGUCUGUGAAAGAUGAGUUGUGA